CCUCAGUUCUUCUUUGCCCGGCCUUCGGUGUCGCGGACGCCAUGAACAAGAAGAAGAAGCCGUUCUUGGGCAUGCCCGCCCCGCUUGGCUACGUGCCAGGGCUGGGCCGAGGUGCUACUGGCUUUACCACCCGGUCGGACAUUGGGCCUGCCCGGGAUGCAAAUGACCCUGUGGAUGACCGCCAUGCUCCACCAGGCAAGAGGACUGUUGGGGACCAGAUGAAGAAAAACCAAGCUGCGGAUGAUGACGAUGAGGACCUGAAUGACACCAAUUAUGAUGAGUUUAAUGGUUAUGCUGGGAGCCUUUUCUCAAGCGGGCCCUAUGAGAAAGACGAUGAGGAGGCAGACGCCAUUUAUGCGGCUCUGGAUAAGAGGAUGGAUGAAAGAAGAAAAGAAAGAAGGGAGCAAAGGGAAAAAGAGGAAAUUGAGAAAUACCGUAUGGAACGCCCUAAAAUCCAGCAACAGUUCUCGGACCUGAAGCGGAAGCUGGCCGAGGUCACAGAAGAAGAGUGGCUGAGCAUCCCUGAGGUGGGUGAUGCCAGGAAUAAGCGCCAGCGGAAUCCGCGCUACGAGAAACUGACCCCCGUUCCUGACAGCUUCUUCGCCAAGCAUUUACAGACUGGAGAGAACCACACGUCAGUGGAUCCCCGACAAACUCAAUUUGGUGGUCUUAACACGCCCUACCCAGGUGGCUUGAACACCCCAUACCCAGGUGGGAUGACGCCGGGAUUGAUGACUCCCGGCACAGGUGAGCUGGACAUGCGGAAGAUCGGCCAAGCGAGGAACACGCUGAUGGACAUGCGGCUGAGCCAGGUGUCUGACUCGGUGAGUGGGCAGACUGUGGUCGAUCCCAAAGGCUACCUGACGGACUUGAACUCCAUGAUCCCCACACAUGGAGGGGACAUCAAUGACAUAAAGAAGGCACGGCUGCUGCUCAAAUCAGUGCGGGAGACGAACCCUCAUCACCCCCCAGCCUGGAUUGCCUCAGCCCGCCUGGAGGAGGUCACGGGGAAGCUGCAGGUGGCUCGGAACCUCAUCAUGAAGGGAACAGAGAUGUGCCCCAAGAGUGAAGACGUCUGGCUAGAAGCAGCCAGGUUGCAGCCUGGGGACACAGCCAAGGCUGUGGUUGCCCAGGCUGUCCGUCACCUCCCACAGUCUGUUCGGAUUUACAUCAGAGCAGCAGAGCUUGAGACAGACAUUCGCGCCAAGAAGCGGGUUCUUCGGAAAGCCCUUGAGCACGUUCCAAACUCGGUUCGCUUGUGGAAGGCCGCUGUGGAGCUGGAGGAGCCAGAAGAUGCCAGGAUCAUGCUCAGCCGUGCCGUGGAGUGCUGCCCCACCAGUGUGGAGCUCUGGCUUGCACUGGCGAGGCUUGAGACCUAUGAAAAUGCCCGUAAGGUCCUAAACAAAGCCCGAGAGAACAUUCCUACAGACCGGCACAUCUGGAUCACAGCUGCCAAGCUCGAGGAGGCCAACGGGAACACACAGAUGGUGGAGAAGAUCAUCGACCGCGCCAUCACUUCGUUGCGGGCCAACGGCGUAGAGAUCAACCGUGAGCAGUGGAUCCAGGAUGCUGAGGAGUGUGACAAGGCUGGCAGUGUGGCCACCUGCCAGGCGGUCAUGAGGGCUGUGAUUGGCAUUGGGAUCGAGGAGGAGGACCGGAAGCAUACCUGGAUGGAGGAUGCCGACAGCUGUGUGGCCCACAGCGCCCUGGAGUGCGCCCGCGCCAUCUAUGCCUACGCCCUGCAGGUGUUCCCCAGCAAGAAGAGCGUGUGGCUGCGAGCUGCAUACUUUGAGAAGAACCAUGGCACCAGGGAGUCUCUGGAGACGCUCUUGCAGCGGGCUGUGGCCCACUGCCCCAAGGCUGAGGUGCUAUGGCUCAUGGGAGCCAAGUCCAAGUGGCUGGCAGGAGAUGUGCCUGCUGCAAGAAGCAUCCUGGCUCUGGCCUUCCAGGCCAACCCUAACAGUGAGGAGAUCUGGCUGGCUGCUGUGAAACUGGAGUCGGAGAAUAACGAAUAUGAGCGUGCCCGGAGACUGCUGGCCAAGGCGCGGAGCAGUGCCCCCACUGCCCGGGUGUUCAUGAAGUCUGUGAAGCUGGAGUGGGUGCUGGGGAACAUUGCUGCCGCCCAGGAGCUGUGUGAAGAGGCUCUGAAGCACUAUGAGGACUUCCCCAAGCUCUGGAUGAUGAAGGGGCAGAUCGAGGAGCAGGAGGAACUGACUGAGAAGGCCCGGGAGGCUUACAGCCAGGGGUUAAAGAAGUGUCCCCACUCCACACCCCUGUGGCUUUUGCUUUCUCGGCUGGAAGAGAAGGUGGGACAGCUAACCCGAGCACGAGCCAUCCUGGAGAAAUCUCGUCUGAAGAACCCGAAGAACCCUGGCCUCUGGUUGGAAUCCGUACGGCUGGAGUACCGGGCAGGGCUGAAGAACAUCGCUAACACGCUUAUGGCAAAGGCACUGCAGGAGUGUCCCAACUCAGGCAUCCUGUGGUCUGAAGCCAUUUUCCUUGAGGCCAGACCCCAGAGGAAGACCAAGAGUGUGGAUGCCCUGAAGAAGUGUGAGCACGACCCGCAUGUGCUCCUGGCGGUGGCCAAGCUCUUUUGGAGUGAGCGGAAGAUAACCAAAGCCAGGGAGUGGUUCCACCGCACUGUGAAGAUCGACUCGGACCUGGGGGAUGCCUGGGCCUUCUUCUACAAGUUUGAGCUUCAGCACGGCACGGAGGAGCAGCAGGAGGACGUGAGGAAGCGCUGCGAGAACGCGGAACCGCGGCAUGGGGAGCUGUGGUGUGCUGUGUCCAAGGACAUUGCCAACUGGCAGAAGAAGAUUGGAGAGAUGCUGGUGCUGGUGGCUGCUCGCAUCAAGAACACCUUCUAG